AUGGACAUUUUCCCGAAGUGGAAACUAUUCCUAUGGAAAAUCCUCAACCAUGCUUUGCCAACUGCGGACAACUUAGUCAAGAGAAAAAUCAGAGAAGUCAAUCCAAUCUGCUGCUUAUGCAAGACACAAGAAGAAACUGCAACUCAUCUAUUCAGAGAUUGCACAAUCUCACAAAGAAUUUGGAGUUCCUCAAUGGGUAUCUCAGCGACUCAGGGUACCCAUCUUUUGAUUUCGGAAUGGAUUAAAAACUUCCUCAAUUUAUUCAAAAAGAAAAAGAAGGAUAUAGGAGAAGAUAUAGAAAUAGAUUUCAUCUCUACCAUUUGGGGUAUCUGGAUUCACCGCAAUGAAGUCAUCUUCAAGGGUAGCUCUCCAAAUCCUGGAAGGAUAAUGGAAAUAAUCAAAGAGAACUCCGAAAGGGCACAGAAUAAGAGACAGAAGAAAGAGCUCAAUUUGAAGAGGGGUUUUAGAGGAAAAGGUUACAGAAGUCAAAUGGGAAGUGGGUCAGAAUAG